UCAUUGAUUGCAGGCUACACUUCAGGAUUCGCUCCCGUGGUCUUGGUAGUUCUAGUGUGACUUGAAGGAGAUCGUCCAUCUAUCACCGCAUUAACGUAAAGCAAUGCGGGACCGUUUAAGAUACAGUAACUGUUUGUUCUAAAUUCAGUUGACAUCGUUUUUAGCCAGACGGACCCUAUUUGACGUUUUUUUAGUUAGUAGGUUAUGGUUGCGGAGGAUGGAUGCUGACGACGUGUCGGUUAGAGAGAAACUUUUCCACAACCGUGUUCGAGAGACAAUAAUCUGUGUCCUCCUGUUCACAUGCCUCUACAUUGUGUCCUACCUCAUUCUCACUCACUUCAAGAAGAAUGCUGACUUUGUCACUGAUGACAUUGAAGAUGCUACGGUCAACAAAAUUGCGCUGUGGCUGUGUACGUUCACCCUGUCUGUGGCAGUGUGUGCUGUGCUUCUGCUGCCUAUCUCGAUCCUGUCCAACGAGGUGCUCCUCACCUUCCCACAAAGCUACUACAUGCAGUGGCUCAACGGGUCGCUCAUCCACGGCUUGUGGAACCUAGUCUUCCUCUUCUCCAACCUCUCCCUCGUCUUCCUCAUGCCCUUCGCAUACUUCUUCACCGAGUCGGAGGGAUUCGUGGGCUGUAAGAAGGGAGUGAUGGCCCGUGUGUACGAGACAGCUGUGGUGCUCCUGCUUCUCACCCUGCUGGUGCUGGGCAUGGUGUGGGUGGCAUCGGCUGCCCUCCACCACCACACCGCCAGGGAGAGCCUCUACGAUCUGUGGGAGUACUACCUGCCCUACCUGUACUCGGGCAUCUCCCUCUUUGGAGUGCUGCUUCUCUUGGUGUGCACUCCCUUCGGCCUGUCGCGCAUGUUCAGCGUCACCGGCAGCCUAUUGGUCAAACCACGGCUGCUGGAGAACCUCGAGGAGACGACCAGCUGCUCGGCGUUCGAGGAGGCCUCGCUCUCCAGGAAGCUGAACGGCGGAGCUGCGUCUUGCUGGAUCAGCCUGAACGUGGAGGUGGUGCGGAGGCAGUUCCUCAGCGUCCAGGCCAAGCGCAUCGCCCUGGAAAUGCGUCAGAGAGCGUCGCCGUGGCAACGCAACCUGGGCUACCCGCUGGCCAUGCUGCUGCUCCUGGCGCUGACGGUGAUGUGUGUGCUGAUGGUGUGUUUCAACGUGCUGGAGCUUCUUUUCGACGAGACGGCCAUGCCCAAAGGAAUGGAGGACCCUCGUCUGGGCACGGCCUCCUUCUCCAUGUUCGGCUCCCUGGGGGCGGCGAUGCAGGUGCUGCUCAUCCUCUACCUGAUGGUGGCGUCUGUGGUGGGCUUCUACAGCACCUCGCUCUUCCACGGCCUGCUGCCUCGCGCCCAGGACACCAACCUCACACAGAUCAUCGGGAACUGUGUGUCUCUCCUGGUUCUGAGCUCGGCUCUUCCUGUCUUCUCCCGCACUCUUGGGAUCACCCGCUUCGACCUGCUCGGGGAUUUCGGGCGCUACAACUGGCUGGGGAACUUCUACAUCGUGUUCCUGUACAACAUGCUGUUCGCUGGAGUCACGUCGGCCUGCCUCAUCAACACGCUCACCUGGGCUGUACAGAGGGAGCUCAUCAGGGCAUUUGGUCUCCACAGGCUGCCCCAGACUGUGUCCAGAUCCACCGUCCCCUUCAAGCUCCUCCUGGCCAAUGGGCUCUCUAAGAUCCAGUGACGGCCCCUCCCCUUCCCCCCCGUGCCACCUCUCCAUGGCUCCGCCUCUUCCCGGCACCUCAGCCUCCUGGAGAGGCUUUCUCAUUGGACCAUAGGCACCUCGCUGCCUAGCCUUCCCAGCCUGCCCGUGACCCGGGUAACCAAAACGGGAGUGGAGAACGGAAGACGUGCAGUUUGGCCAAUGAGCAUCGUGUCCCCGUCCAGGUUGAGCUGAGGAGGGGCGGGCCAUCUCUGGGUUCUUUGACUGCAAGGUUCCUGUCACAGAGUGCCCUAACCUGAACCAUAAACACAACUGGAACACAGACGCAAAAGGGAUCCUUUUUGAGUUCUUUAUAUUGUUUGUUCUUGACUGUGAACCUUCUCCAGGGUGGAUGUGAACCCUCGUCCCCCCCCCCUCCCUCAAAAGCGUGCAGCUGAGAUAUUUGGGGAGAUGACAUCACGGUGGCUGCGUCGACCCUGUUUCCUCUUCCUGCCCUGGAGUUGAGCGAGUCAUCUCUCUGUGCUUCUUGCCCACUCUCUCUCUCUCUCUUUCCCUCCCUCUACCUACUAUUUUAGGGCUUCGGCCUGUGAAUCUCACUUCCCUGUUUGUUUGGGAUUCUCAUCUGCACUGGUGUUUUUAACUAAUGAGAGGAUGUUUCUGAUUGGGGAGGUGGAGAACUGUUCUUGCCUCUCAUCCUCGAUGGUUAGCCAGGACCCGUUGGGAGGGGCAGGGAAGUGUGUGUGUGUGUGUGUGUGU